AUGGCUAUCUUGGGAAAUUGCAGUCCUCAUGAGGUGUUGUUCAAAGAAAAGCCGAGUUACACUAUGCUAAGAGUCUUUGGAUCAGCGUGCUACCCAUACCUGCGUCCUCUGGCCGAUCAUAAACUUGAACCACGGUCUCUACAAUGUGUGUUCAUUGGUUAUAGUGCGCAGCAUAAAGGUUAUCGGUGUCUCUAUCCACCUACAGGAAAAGUUUACAUUUGCAGACACGUGAUUUUUGAUGAAGAAAGCUUCCCGUUCAGAACGCAAUAUGAGUCUCUGGUGCCGAGAUAUCACAGCAAACUCUUAAAGGCGUGGCAAUCUUCAGUCUCCACAGAGAAUGUUCCAGCCUCAGUAAAUCAAGAACAAAUACCACGAGCUCUUCCUACACUGCCACGAGAACCUGAACCAGUCGAAACAGAGGAUACUCUGGGUAACAUUGGGUCUCCAGCUGCUUCUGAAGCAAACUCAGACCAGUUGGAAAACGUUGUUGUGGAGAACAUUCAUCCUAUGACCACAAGGGCUAAAGCAGGCAUUCACAAGCCAAAUACAAGAUAUGUUCUUCUGGCCUCAAAGUUUGUACCGGCAACACCACGAAACAUUGCAGAAGCGAUGAAACACCUGGGUGGAACAUUGCAGUAA